GAGAGAGAGAGAGAGAGAGAGAGAGAGAGAGAGAGAGUGUGUGUGUGUGAGUGAGUGUGUGCCUGCUUGCCCACAUUCCAACCGGUUGGGAAUUCUCGCUUCUCGGCAGCCAUGAGUUAUCAACAGGCGCAGGACAUGUAUCACGACAAUCCCUCUGCGCGUUCGCCUGGGUCUCAGCGUCACCAGCAGCCUCUGCACCGCCAACCCUCGCGCCAGUUCGACGCCUACGGCCCCAUGCCCGUCAACUUCUACGAAGACCCCAUGGCCCGCUACGAGUCCGCCCGUCUCGAUCGGCUGAAUCCUUCUCACCAGAACAAUAACCCCGGUUCUUACGCAUACGAUCUUGCCGGCUCGCAGACGUGGAAUCCCAACAAUGGUUUCGCUAACGCCCAGGCCCUUGGAGGGAUCCGCUCGACCUCUUCUAGCUUGAAGGCUCCUUCGACACGCAGUAGAGCUGGCCUGCCCACAACUUGGUUGGAUCAGCAACCCCCCAUCGCGAGUCCCUUCUCGAAUCUCGGCCCCGGUCCGUUGCAGGGCAACACCAUCCGAUCGGACGGCACAGGGUCGCAAGAGGCUGACGACGAGUUGAUCCCGACCGCUAUUGUGAUCAAGAACAUUCCCUUCGCCGUUAAGAAGGAGCAGCUGGUCCAGCUGAUGACGGAACUCAACCUUCCACUUCCCUACGCCUUCAACUACCAUUUUGACAAUGGUGUCUUCCGUGGCCUUGCCUUUGCCAACUUCACCUCCGCCGAGGAAACCGCCACCGUCAUCGACGUUCUCAACCACUUCGAGCUCCAGGGCCGCAAGCUGCGCGUUGAGUAUAAGAAGAUGCUGCCCCUCCAGGAACGCGAACGCAUCGAACGGGAGAAGCGCGAGCGCCGCGGUCAGCUUGAGGAACAACAUCGCCCCAUGGCUACCUCCCAGCUGCAGACCCAGAAUUCCAUGUCCUCCCUGACCUCCCAUAUUCCGGCAACCUCUCCUUCGCCGGUCUCCCAACGCGGGCAAAAACUGGAAGUCGAUCUGAAUGAUACCACCACCCUCUCGUUCUACUCCCAAUUGCUUCUCUUCAAGGAGGACCCGAGUCGUGAGACCUUGAUCUUUGCCUCCACACUGUCGCCCGUCCAACGUCGAACCGUGCACACCCUGGCGCACAACAUGGGAUUGGGACACGCCUCCCGUGGUACCGGCGAGCAGCGCCAGGUGCACGUCUUCAAGGUGGCCCCUGGCGCCAACGUGAGCCCUCCGCUGUCGUCGAUCCCCACCGCCGUUCAGCCAUCCGAGACCGCUCGUCGUGGCCUCAACCGGGCCGCUACAAUCGACUUUAGCGAGGCACGCGCAGAAGGAGGCGCAGGGGGAGGUGCGGGCGGACCCGGCCCUUUUGCUACGCUGCGCGGGCAGACCUCGGGCUUCCUGGGUGUUCUGGACUCACCGGGCAACUUUGGCAACACACAGAACCUGCGGGCCGCCAAGUCUUUUGCUGAUCUGCGCUCCUACACCCCGUCUCCGGUCCCUUCCUCGGCCAGUUUCCCCGCUGCCCUACAGUCCAACGGGGUGCGCCUGCAGCAGUAUGACGGCUCGGCCAGCGCCGCCUCCAACACCCCGACCUUGACGCCCGCCCCCUCCAACUCGGCGCUCGGCAUGCCGCGUGACGACGGCCUGCUGGUCAGCAGUCUCAGCGGUCUUUCUCUCGGCACGGGUAUCGGUGGCCCUAACACAAGCCCCCACCGUCUGCGCGGCAUGUUCUCUUGGGAGCAGCCGGAUAACACCUCCCAGUCUGGCGGCGGCGCCGGACCCAUCGGCAGCAACCGAUCCAUCGGCAUGGGUUUCGACACGCAAUCUCAGGAGCGCGUGCCCAUCCGACAGCCGCGAGGCCCCCUACCGGAGAAGGGCCCCGGGUUCCGCCGUCAGAACGGCCACCAGUCGCGCGGGAGCGACGAACUGCACACCAGCUCUGGGGUCGAAAUCAUUGUCGAGUAAAAAAUCCAGCGGUGAUUGAUGAUGUUAUAUCUUCUUUCUUCUUUCUUACGAUCAUGAACUUGUUAUAUCACGAGGCCGAAAUCUCUUGUUUUGUUUGAUUUGCGAAUCUCCGGCUUACGAUUCGAUGAGGGAUGACGAGAUGACACUCACCAAAAAGAG